GUGUUGCUAGAGACUUCAUAUAUAUUGGUCUCAGGAUGCCAAGAAAUCAAGCUGGAACUGGGAUGGAAGCCUCCUUCCCACUCUUCAGCUCUAGUGUUAGGCAGGCUGCAGACCCAAGUGUUACAGGACUGACAGGCAAGGCAAAAUGUGCCUCCUGGUGCAGUAGUGGCAUGUCAGUAAUAAGGGAGCAUGUGCUCUCUGGUCAGUUUGUAGCCCUGCCCACUGGAAGGAAUCCACACCUAUUACUACCAUCUUGGUCAAAAUUCUUUGGCUGGGGAGGUCAUGGGCCCUAGAGGGGAAGUUGCUGCUAUUUUUCUGCUCAGUAGACAUGAUGUGUCCAUCAAUUUGUUUUCCAAAAAACUGUGUUUGUAUCCAUAGGUUAAGUGCUACUGUCAGCUUUGGUCAGAGAAGCCCCUGUUUUUACAGUAGGUAGCAAUAACUGCAGAGACUUAGAACUGGUCAGAGUGCUGAGAAUAAGGGACUACUAAAUGCUCGGCUAUAACAGAAAUUCUCUAUCACCCACUUCAAGGCUCAGGGAAUAUUGUAGAAGAUGGGUGGAAAGGAUGUAAGAGCCAGAGAAGGAAUGGAAUGGGUCAGAACAGUCUUCAGAAUCUGACAUCACCAUUGCCCUCUUGAUCUCAUAGCUGUUGUGGUUCCUAGCACAAGAUCUGCGCAAGAUUGUACCUGCAGGAUUCUGUCAUGGGUGGGACUAGGAAAAGGAAGAAGGGCAGUGAACAUCCCUGCCCAGCCCUCUAGGCAGCUAAAGAUCAUUCAACUUCAAGUGGCACGUUAUCUUUCAAGCCUAGUCGAUCAUUGGUCACUCUUCCCACUGCCCAUGUGAUGCCAUCUAACUCCAGUGCUUCCGUUUCCAAACAUAGGGAAUCUCUAACACCAGAUGGCUCUAAAUGGAGUACUAGCCUCAUGCAGACAUUGGGAGACCACAGCAGAGGGGAGCGGGACUCCUCCCUAGACAUGAAGGACUUCAGGCCCCUGAGGAAAUGGUCAUCUUUGUCCAAACUUACUGCCCCAGAUACCCGCAACCACAGUGGCAUUGCAUACCCGCAAGAGCUGAGGAAUAGCUUGGAGAUGACAGGGAAGGGCAAGCCUUUUAUGUCCCACUUACGGACCUUUGGGCCAAGUUGCUUACAUGACAGUAUGGAGCUGCUUAAGCUGGAAGACAAGGAAAUAAAUAAAAAGCGGUCAUCAACUCUGGACUGCAAAUAUAAAUUUGAGAGCUGCAACAAAGAAGAUGUCAGAGUCUCUUCCUCUGCUCUCAGGAGACAGACUUUAGACAUGACAUACAGUGCCUUACCUGAGAGCAAGCCCAUUGUGACAGGCUCAGAGACUUUUGAGUCUCCAAAGUAUUUAAUGCUGGGCCAGCAGGCAGUAGGUGGAGUUCCCAUUCAACCUUCUGUGAGGACUCAGAUGUGGCUGACAGAGCAGUUACGGACAAACCCAUUGGAAGGCAGAACCACAGACGAUUCUUACAGUUUAGCUCCUUGGCAACAGCCACAAACUGAAGAGUUUCAGCAAGGAAGUGAGACGCCAAUGCAGGUUUUGACUGGAUCAUCUCGUCAGAGUUAUUCACCUCCUGGCUUCCAGGAUUUCAGUAAAUGGGAAUCAGUGCUGAAAAUAAAAGAAGGACUUCUGAGGCAGAAGGAAAUUGUAAUUGAUAGGCAGAAGCAACAAAUUAACCACUUACAUGAAAGGAUAAGGGAUAAUGAACUACGGGCCCAGCAUGCUAUGCUAGGACAUUAUGUAAAUUGUGAAGACUCGUACGUGAGUAAUUUACAGCCUCAAUACGAGAGCAGUUCAGGCCAGAGUCUAUUUACAGAGCAGCCAUUGUCCCAUCCCCACCAAGAAGAACUUGAGCAAAAGCUAGCAUCUACUGAGAAAGAAGUUUUGCAGCUCAAUGAGUUUCUCAAACAACGAAUAAGCCAAUUUAGUGAAGAGAAGAAGAAAUUAGAGGAGAAGUUGAAAACCAGAGAUAGAUACAUCAGCAGCCUGAAAAAGAAAUGCCAGAAGGAAUCUGAGCAAAACAAAGAGAAGCAGAGGAGAAUUGAGACCUUGGAAAAGUACCUGGCAGACCUUCCAACUCUAGAUGACGUACAGAGUCAGAGUCUACAGCUUCAAGUUCUUGAAGAAAAAAACAAGAAUUUGCAAGAGACUUUGAUAGACACAGAGAAGCAGCUUGAGGAGAUUAAGAAGCAAUGUCAAGAUAAAGAAGUGCAGCUACUGUGUCAGAAGAAGAAGGAAAAGGAGCUGGUAACUUCUGUUCAGAGCUUACAACAAAAAGUAGAAAAAUGCCUUGAAGAUGGAAUCCGCCUUCCCAUGUUAGAUGCCAAACAGCUUCAGAGUGAAAAUGAUAAUCUGAGAGAGCAGAAUGCAACAGCCAGCAAGAUAAUAGAGAGCCAGCAGGAUGAAAUUAACAGAAUGAUUUUAGAAAUUCAGUCUAUGCAAGGGAAACUUUGUGAAGAGAAACUGACUGCGCGGAGUACUGUGGAAGAGCUAGGAAGGAAAGAAGGAAGCCUCCAGAGGUUGACAGAAGCGCUGCUUGAAAACCAAAGACAGAUGGGAGAGACGUACUCUUUACUGGAUCAGGGCCACGAAGCAGAGCAGUCUAGGCCACAGACCAUUCAUUCUAAGUGGCCUCUCUUUGAUUUGACUGUGAUUGAUCAGCUGUUCAAGGAAAUGUCAUAUUGUUUGUUUGACUUGAAAGCAUUGUGUAGUAUUCUUAAUCAACGUGCUCAGGGCAAGGAGCCUAACCUCUCAUUGUUACUGGGAAUCCGAUCAAUGAACUGUUCAGCUGAAGAGACUGAAAAUGACCACAGCCCAGAAACGCUCACUAAAAAGCUCUCAGAUGUGUGCCAGUUACGGAGGGACAUUGAUGAAUUGAGGACUACAAUAUCAGACCGCUAUGCUCAGGACAUGGGAGACAACUGUGUUACCCAGUGAUCAAGUCUUGGUCCACAGCAACAAUGAUCCAUUAUGAAAUGCUGCUGUGUUGAAUCCUUUGUUUCUCUUUAGGAUGCACAAGGGAAAGAUGAAGCUCCUUGCCAUGCACUUCAGCUUUGUUGUUGUUACACAUGCUUUCUGAAGGAGGUUUUAAAGGGACUGAUCAAAUCAGGCAAACACAUCACGUUACUAAGGUCUGCAAGAAAAAGAACAAAAUAACCUGUAUUUUCAAACUACUGAUUGUAGGACCAAGCUGUGAACAGGGCCCUUCAGAUAAAGGUGUAGGACUUCCUUUACUCCUAUAGUUUUGUGUAUAUAUAUGUGAGAGCUCAUUCAUUCUCACACUUGCUCACUCGGUCGGUCAGUCGGUCGGUCGGUCUGUCUGUCUGUCUCUGUGUGUGCAUGCCCAUUCAUGUGCAUUUGCAUAUGCAUGGACUUUAUCCAUAAAAUAAUAGGAUUUCAAAGGUCAAAGCAAAGCUUUGAAAGAAACACACUAUUAAUUCUUCAUUUUGUAUAGAAGCAUGUAUUACAUUCUGGAAUUUUUAUUGGCAGGCCCACUAGAUCCAGUACCAAGGUGGUAUUAUAAUGUACAAGGGUAGCAAGCAAAAUCAUUUGUGUUUUAGAAAUUGACUGUACUGAGCUGUGCGAAGGAGAAGUUGGCUUGAUGUUGGCACUGAAGACAAACCAGCUAUUUUUUCCAGAGUGGUUAUAGAUUGUCUUAGCAGUAUGAAACUUUAAUGUGAUGAUAUUUCCAUUGGCAAUGCAAUUUAUAUAUAUAAGAAAACCUAAGUAAUGCAAUUAAUUUCAGCCCUUACUUACUAUUUGCAAUUUUUGUUUAUGAUAUAUAUGUAAGUAGAGCCAUAUAUAAUUAGCUGAAGGCCUCUGGGGCUUCCAAUGACUAUUAUAAAAAGAAAGAUGGCAAUGUAAUUCUGACACAGUUGCUUUUUAUUCACACUUCAGCAUUUAUGUUUGAACAGUGUCAUGCCUGAAUUAGAGUUGAACUACUUACAGAGAAAGCAUAUGAAUUAAUAGUAGUAUAAAACAAAAUGUAAAUCUCAACAACAUUUUAAUUUCUUUUAUUAUAUUUAUUACAUCAGUUUUUUCAUGGAGUAUGGAAUUGCUUAGGUUAGUUCAUCUGGAACACAGGGUACCACUAUGAAGCUCAAUUUCACUUGAGCAGAUAAACAGUCACCUAAACUUUAAGUAAGUAUUGUCUCAUAUCAUUUUGUUUGUUUAGAAAGAUUAGGUAUUUUACUGCAGCCAGAUUUCAUUACAAUGUUUUCAAUAUGGGCAAAGCAUCACUCUAUGAAUUGGUUUGGCUGUCUUUCUCUCUCGCCCUUAAUACCUCCUUCCUUUCCCUUUCCCUUUCCCUUUCCCUUUCCCUUUCCCUUUCCCUUUCCCUUUCCCUUUCCCUUUCCCUUUCCCUUUCCCUUUCCCUUUCCCUUUCCCUUUCCCUUUCCCUUUCCCUUUCCCUUUCCCUUUCCCUUUCCCUUUCCCUUUCCCCUUCCUUCCUUCCUUCCUUCCUUCCUUCCUUCCUUCCUUCCUUCCUUCCUUCCUUAUUUUAAUGCAACCCACUUUUCUUACACAGGACUAUAGAGAUGAGAGAGUAAAGGCCGUAGAACCUUUUAGUUGAGAAUGGACACAUACCAGUUUUCUUGCUAAACUUAUUCUGGUGUAAAGUUUGCACCUAGCAAAGAUUUUUCUUAAUCUCAAUAGGAAGACUUAGUGGGACAGACUCUUGAGGAGAAUUCUCAGGAAGACACUCAGUCCAGAAUGGGCUUGCUAUCUGCAGUCACUUGAUAGGUAUAUUUCAGUAGAUCCUUAUACUACAUCAUAGUGACAGAUUUGCCUUCCAUUUAGUGUUAAAUCCACCCUUCUCUUCUUGGGAUCUGGCUACUAAUAAAUCAGUGUAUUGGGGUGAUUAUGCAUUCCAGCUCCCUAACCCAGAUAGGAAUUAGCCACUUGAGAGUUUGGUUCUUUAGUGAUGUGUUCAUUGGAUUUUAAGACUAGUAUUUUAAGGACAAUCAAGAAAUUGAUUGUUACAAAAAUAUAUGACUUGCAGAAAGAAUAUCUGUGUAGAUGGUUCAAGCUGUUAAGUCAGAUACUGACAUCUACAUGACUCAACUGCAGUGUAGCAACUAACAUACUUACCUUCUCUUUGGAUAGAGUAUCAUCAUCCUGUGUUGAUUUUGACAUAAAGAUACCUAAGACUAUAGCACUAAUGAACAACCAUUGCUGGUUUGUGUUAGCAGCUUCUUACAUCUCCAAAGUCCUAGCUUUUAAGUUUAUGUUUUGAGAUUUUAUAGUUACUGUUUUUAAAACAAAUUUAUGAUCAUAUAUUUUAUUAUGUGUAUAUAUAUGUGUGUAUAUAUAUAUAUAUAUAUAUACAAAAGGGUGACACACACACCUUUUUUUCUGACCACUUGCAAUAAAUAAAACAAGCUUAGUUUUGUCUAGCUUUCUAAAACUUAAAGAAUUUAAUUCACAUAUCUUAGAGUAAAAUAUUUAACCAAGAAAUUAACAAAAUAUUACUGAUACAUGUCAAUUUCUAAAUUGUAUAGCACCAUUUAAAAGGCUUUCAGAUAGUCUUGUUAUAUGGAUUACAAAUACUAAUCUCUUAUUCGAGUCUAGAAUUAACAAAGGGCUUUGGCACAUAGUCAGCUUUGGAGGGGAUUUGGAGGAAACUGGAACUGGUUGUGUUUUAGUCAGGUUUUAUUUUUCAGAAACAUCUUUAAGAUACACCUUGUUAGAACAGCAAUAAUCUAUCACAUUGAAAGCAAACAUUUAUCAUUAGGUCAAGGAAGAUGGCAUAGCAAUUCUACAGUGUUUUAUCUCCAUUUUGAAGUAGGGUGUAGGUUGAAGUUACUACAAUGACAUAUGCCUAAAAUAAAAAGGAGAUUCAAUUUUGAAGUAAAUCUAUCUGUAAAUGUCCAUACUAAUGAAUUUUGUUUCAAUUAUGCUUUUGUGUAUCAAGCCUUUAACCUCCUAGGAAGUGUUAAAUAGUAUUUUACUUCUAGUCUGUUCAUGCUGAGUCAUUCUAACACAGCCACAUAGAACACAGGUAGAUUAAUAGCUGUCAUGGGGAAGACAUGGUUACCUGUGCAGGUAAAAUGAGCUGAGUCACGGGCAUAAUAAUGCCCUGUCUUUGUAUUUGACUAGGCAAAACUUAAAAGAAUUUUAUUUUUAAGAGCACAGACCCUUUUAAUAUUUGGAAUAAGAUUCUUGUCUAAUGUUAACAUUAUUAUAUCUUAGUAAUGAUUGUGGGGUCGUAAUUUUGAUAAACUGAAUUUAACUUUCAGUAGCUUGUUAGAAAAAUCCAAGAGCUAGAACAUAUUGCUAAAAUGGAUAUUGGACAGUUCUAACUUGGAAGCUCAUGUCCAGUACCGUUCUUGUUUCUGACUCCGUGGGCAUCUCUGCAAGGAUAUUUGUAAAAGGGACUGUUUCAUUAAAGGGUGUUCUUUAAAUAUCAGUUAGAGUUCAUUGAGCAGCGGGAGCUAACUAAGCAGCUGGGCUGUUUUGCAUAGUACUGCUGAACUCAAGCAUGCCUCUGGUUCUGCUUGCCGAAGCUCUCAUCUAGAGUCCUGCCACUGCAUCUGUAGUUACAGUGAUAGGAUGUUCUCUGAGUGAGCAUGCAUAGCAGAUGACAUUGGAACCACCUUCUGCCCCCCUUUGUUUCCAUCUCUGACAGUGGUCAAUAAGCCAAGAGAAAUUCUCUAUUGGGUAUAAAGUCUAAACCUUUCAACUUUGCCCUCCCCCAAAACAUUGAUGGUAAUUGCUGUAUGAAUGUAUCAUACAUUUAAUCAUGAAAGGGAAGGAUUUGAGAUUUCUUAUUUAAAGGAAAUAUUGAACAUAAUAGAAUGUACUUUGAAAUCAAUAAGUCAUCGGCAACACUGUUGCAGCUGCAUACAGAGAGAACCUUUUGUGCCUUUGUGCCUGCAGUGUUUAUUUCUCUUACAUGAACUAUAAGAAUGUUGAUUAUUGCACCUUGUUCUUUGGUAAAUAUACUUAAGAAUUUUUCUAAAAAGAGCCAUUUCUUGUUAGAUGAUAGAGCUACCUUAGUAAACAUGAGGGGAUGUAUCAUAUUUGUAUGUGUUUGAAGCCUUUUCUAUAUAGAGAGCAGGAAAUUCCUUUUAAAUGUAUUCAUUUGUGUGUAUGCGUGUGUUUAUAUAUUAUAUAUGUAGUUAUUUAAGUACUUCUGUGCGAAAUUGAGCAUCAUGUUGGCGUGGUGGCCAGAAGUAGUAAGGUGCUAGUUGGUCACAUUAAGCACAGCAGAGUGUACAAUCAGUCACUGACUGGUGGGUUUGUAAACUAGGUUCAGUUUUUGAACCACAGAAUACCUCAUGUGUAAAUACAGUGUUCAUGACUUAACUGAAAUACAGUUAUUGUAAAAAAAAAUGUGAAGCCACUGGUUGGCUUAUGCCUUCUGAGUUUUUGUUUUUACCUCCUUUUUGGAAAGGAGUUGUUUUUGUUUUGUUAUUUUUUUAAAUAGGGUUUACAGCUAGAAAUUUGAAUGCCAAAGUUCUAUUUAUUAAACUAAGAAAAAAGUUUUCAAUGUUAAUGGCUAGUAUUUUUCCACUGGACUAUUGUUUGUUGAUGUUGGAAUUUGUAUUUACAGAGAAAUAAAUUUUUUAGAAAAAUAA